UUCAGCCUGCACCCGACGGCAGGUCCAAUGGGUGAAAAACGCGCGCGCUUUCGGUCCAUCGUGGUUCUGGCAACAGUGGUCGUCGCGGUGACUGCCGAUUAUCUAGAAAAUCCGAAGUUCAGUGCACCCAUUACGAAUGUUACUGUGCCCGUCGGCAGGGAGGCUAUUCUAUCGUGCUUGGUGGAGGAUCUGGGAGGAUACAAGGUGGCAUGGCUGCGAGUUGACACCCAAACCAUCCUCACGAUCCACAAUCAUGUGAUCACAAAGAAUCACCGCAUAGGAGUGACCCACAGCGAACACAAGACGUGGUAUUUGCACAUAAAGGAGGUACGCGAGUCCGACCGGGGCUGGUACAUGUGUCAAAUAAAUACCGAUCCAAUGAAAAGCCAAGUGGGAUAUCUGGAUGUGGUCGUGCCUCCGGAUAUCCUGGACUACCCUACUAGCACCGAUAUGGUGGUGCGUGAGGGAUCCAACGUGAAUCUCCGUUGUGUUGCCAAAGGAUCACCAGAACCUUCAAUUACUUGGAGACGAGAAACCGGAGAGCCGCUCAAACUGCCAACUGGAGAAGAAGUGGCCAGCAUCGACGGCCCGGUCCUGAACAUUUCUGGGGUGAGCAGGCAACAAAUGGGGCCUUACCUGUGCAUCGCUUCCAACGGGAUUCCUCCAUCUGUCAGCAAACGCAUCAUGCUCAUCGUGCAUUUUGCCCCAAUGAUGGAGAUCCAGAAUCAGCUCGUCGGAGCUUACGAAGGACAGCAGAUAACACUCGAAUGCCGCUCGGAGGCCUAUCCGAAGUCUAUUAACUACUGGACCACUGAUAAAGGCGAAAUCGUUCCACAGAGUGGAAAAUACGAACCAUCGUACUCGACCACCGGCUACCAGAUCCACAUGAAACUGACCAUACGGUCGAUAGGUCCACAAGACUACAGGGACUACAAGUGUGUAUCGAAAAACUCCUUGGGCGAUACGGACGGAACCAUCCACGUUUUCGCCAUACCUAAGCCAUCAAAACUUUCAAAUGGUUUAUCAAGGAAAGGCAAACUAAAAAAGAAAACCAACGACGUCAUCGGAGAACUGGAAAAUAUCGCCGACGGGUUGGACGACCAGCCGGAUUCGUUGUUCCAGGAAGAGGAGGACGGUUCCGGGGAACGUGCAAAAACCGAACUUAUCUUCGUAGCUUUUUUAGUCGCGCUGCCUUUGGUCCUACAAUAAUAAAUCUUACUCAUGUUGUGCUGUGUACAAGAGAAAUCUCAAGAUUAACGCUGAAACAAGUUGUGUUGUUCAGACGAUGAAUUUCUCUUCCUUAACUAUUUUUUAUAUGCUUCCUUCGCUACAAGUGGUUUUAGUGAUAUGGUCCGUUCGAAGCAUAUAGUGAUUGGAAUUUUGGUUUUCGUAUCGACAGGUACUCGGGUCAAUGUUUGCGCCGUUUCCACGAUUACUGCUUAUGUACAGCUCGUUCAUGAAUUAUAUGCUUCUGAAAUGGACGCGGCGGCGGGUUUAUAUAGCGGUUUAUGACUGACGAUAACUGUAUUCUUUGUGGGUAAUUUGUUAGUAAUUUAAGCAAUAGCGCAUAAUUUAGAGUAUAAAAUUAUUGGCAGUAUGUAUAAUAAUAGGUCGUAUGUGGAUGUUGUACAGCCAGGGCCGCAUACAUAUGGAUUACAGCGACAUGCAACUUCUUAGACUAGCUAAAUUUAUGCACAUACUGAUGUCAUUCACGAACGAAACGGAUUUUGAAAGGGACCGAUCAUUUUAAACUUAGGGGUGUCUGCAAACCGCUCUCUGAAAACUGAAACUGAUGUGCGUGGGCGGACGAUCGUUCGAAAUCUGUUUUAUUUUUCAAAGACCACAUUGUUUCAACGCAGGCCAAAUUAUUUUUAUUUAUAUAACACAUAUCAAAACUGAUUAUUUUGCAAAAUGUCAGCAAAUAUUUUUUCUUUGACAUUUACACACUUCACAUUUUUACAACAGAGCAAAAUCACCCGAAGCUUGAAUUGGAUUUUGAGAUAUUACAGACUUGUUAAACAUUUUGCUGGGUCAGUUUUAAAUUGGAAUACCGGUAGUUCGAACAAUGUUUCUUUGAACAAUUGUUCCUGGAACAAUAACCGGUUGCGAACAAUCGUCCCCAGAUGGAUGUGCGUGCUCUCGCAAGCUUCAUUCCCGAUUCCGCUGUGUAUGUUUGCAGUUGUCUUACAAUCAAAACGAAAUUAGUAUGCAGUAUUCAGGGAUGUCAAACUUGGUCGCUAAACAUAUCCCUACCAAUCAAAGUCAAAUAUCGAGGUUUCUUCCUGUCUAGUUUAUUCUCUUUGUGUAUAAAUAAUGAGUAGGUGACUAGCCGUAUAUCAUUCCAUUUUGUAUUGUGAAAAAAUCAAGAAACUU